GGGUUGCCAUGGCCUCCCUGUUCUCUGGCCGUGUCCUGAUCCGAAAUAACAGCGACCAAGAUGAGCUGGACACCGAGGCGGAACUUAGCCGCCGGCUGGAGAACCGGCUGGUGCUGCUGUUCUUUGGUGCCGGGUCCUGCCCAAAGUGCCAGGCCUUUGCCCCCAUCCUCAGGGACUUCUUUGUGCGGCUCACAGAUGAGUUCUAUGUGCUGCGGGCAGCCCAGCUGGCCCUGGUGUACGUGUCCCAGGACCCGACGGAGGAGCAGCAGGACCUAUUCCUCAGGGACAUGCCCAAGAAGUGGCUCUUCUUACCCUUUGAGGAUGAUCUGAGGAGGGACCUCGGGCGCCGAUUCUCCGUGGAGCGCCUGCCGGCGGUUGUGGUACUCAAGCCAGGAGGCGAUGUGCUCACGCUUGACGCGGUCGACGAGAUCCAGCGCUUGGGCCCUGCCUGCUUCGCUAACUGGCAAGAGGCGGCUGAGGUGCUGGACCGCAGCUUCCUGCAGCCAGAGGAUCUGGACGACCCCGCGCCGCGGAGCCUCACGGAGCCACUGCGCCGCUGCAAGUACCGAGUGGACCGCGCUGCGAGGGGCUCACACGGCCGAGAGCGAGAGGGCUGCCCCAGGCGAGAGGAAGGGGCCGAGGAGUUGUUCUGACCCCGGGAGGGGUGGAGUGGACCAGACUGGGGGAGAGGACGGGGCGGAACGGGAGUUGUUCUGAGCUACCCCAACACCAGGGUAAAGGCUGAGCGGUAGGGAGUAAGGAGGGUCUUUCUGAGGUCCACCCCCCAGGAAGGGGAGGGGGGGAGGCUGCAUUGAAAUCUGGGGAAGCAGCAGGGCGGGACCUGGGGGUAUCAGUUCUUAUCCCCUCCGGCAGGGCAGGUGGAAGGUGGGCCCUAGGCUGGUGAUGGAGGUUUCUUGUGGGACCUCCCAGGACCCAGUGGACCGAGGGCGGUACUGGUUCUCCAGUGGCGCAUCUGAGCCUUCCGGACCAGGGAGAGCUUUUCAAGAAUCUCUAGAAAUAUCUUUUAGACUGGGGAAGGUGGGGCAGUUAAUAGUUCCAAAAUGGAAAAAUGCAAACUGAAAUCGAAUGAUCGUGCUGAGAACACUCAGCCCAUCAUACAUUAAAUGAGUUGCAUACAUA